GAUUUGUCAAAUACUAUAGGCCACACCCUACCUCAAGGCCUCUAGCCACCGUUCAAAGUAUGGACCAAAAUGAAUGAAAUACUGUUAGCAUUGCAAUUGGCAUUGAUGUGUGCUACGGAAAAAGUCUGUUACACUGUUCAAUAUUUCAAGUCGUGAAUUUAUGAGUUCAUGAAAAAAACAGAGUGAGACGUAUAAGCACAGCACAACGUUCCAAACUGCGCGCGGAAAAGUACAGCUCAAACCAAAAAACAACAACAAUAAUAAUGAUAUGCUUACGGUCCCUUCCUCUUGUUCCUCACGAACUCAAAUCCCCACUCUCAUUCAGAACCAGAGCACAACAACAACACUCACACCCCUUCUCUCAAUCUCUCCGCUCUCACACCGUACCCCACAAAACUCUCACUGGAGGAGGCACAGCAACAACUACUGUAGCCAACGUAGCUCUCAGUGAACAUAAUGACCUCAACGCUGCGGAGGAAGAGGAGCCAUUGCCGUCUGAGCUGAGUGAAGAGCUGAUGCCGAAUCAUGUGGCGCUGAUUAUGGAUGGGAAUGGUAGGUGGGCUAAGCAGAGAGGCUUACCUGUCUCGGCGGGCCACCAGGCAGGUGCACGGUCACUGAGAGAGCUCGUUGAGAUUUGUUGUAAAUGGGGGGUUAGAGUUCUCACCGUUUUCGCCUUCUCUUAUGAUAACUGGAUUCGCCCCAAGGUGGAGGUUGAAUUCUUGAUGAAUUUGUUUGAAAGAGAAAUAAAGUCACAAAUGCAGAAGUUUGUGAGUGAAGGUAUUCGAAUAAGCGUGAUUGGGGAUUCAUCAAAGCUUCCAGAGUCUCUACAGAAAUUGAUAAGUGAUGCAGAAGAGGCAACAAAAGACAGUUCUAGAUUCCAACUCAUUGUGGCAGUUAGUUACAGUGGGAAAUAUGACAUUGUACAAGCAUGCAAAAGUCUUGCUUGCAAAGUCAAAGAUGGCGUCGUUCAACUAGAAGACAUCAGUGAAAGCUUGGUUGAACAGGAAUUAGAAACCAACUGUACCGAGUAUCCCUAUCCUGAUCUACUAAUACGAACCAGUGGUGAACUAAGAGUCAGCAACUUCUUGUUAUGGCAGUUGGCCUACACUGAAUUUUUCUUUGUAAAAGAACUCUGGCCUGAUUUUGGGAAAGCUGAGUUUGUAGAGGCUUUAAUUUCAUUUCAGCAAAGACAGAGACGCUAUGGUGCACGUAUUACAUAAGAAAUAGCCAAUUACAUAGAUCUUAGCUUCUGUAUCAUCAUGCAGAGAAUUUGAACCAUGCAAUAAAGGUUUCUCAUGAUAAUUUCACGAUCCAGCAUUGAAGUAUAAGAAUCAUGUAUAGCUAGUUCAACUUGCACCUAAUCAACAUCAAGGUGCUGGAUGUACAUAUAAUAAACAAACUUAGGUCACUUUGUGUCAGAAAGAUUUCUAUAUCUCUUCUUAGCUAAACAUGGGCCAUGGGGUAAU